AAGUGGCGCUGGAAGCUUUCAGAAAAUUGGUUGAGUGAGAGAGAGAAAAAGAGAAGAGAGAGAAAAAGCCAAGCCAUUAGCCAUGUGUAUAUUUACACAGUAGUAUGAUAUAUAUGCAUUUACAUAGAUUAUAGUGAAAUCUUUCUUUUUCAUUCCCCCAUUAUUAUUAAUUCACAGCUGAGCGCAGAUUUUUCUUGAAAUUUAUGAUGUUUUGCAAUUAAAGCGUUUUUUUUUUUUGAGGUUUCCUUUAAUUCCUUGGAUUCCAGAAAAUCAAUGCAAAAGCUCAGUUACUUGCUGAUUUUGCUUCCCUUGUAUUAGGGUUCAGUAGUGCAACUUGAGCUCGGAUGGGUUUUGCUGCAGAACAGCUUAGAUUGCCUUGAACAUUAAGGGCCAAGCUUCUUUCAUCAGUUUUAAGUCGUCCUUGUCGCACGGAAGGAUGUCAGAAUGGUUGGAUGCUUAUGAUGACAUAAGAGAAAGAAGAUCAGACUUUGAGGUUUCAGAGGAUGAAAGACGGCGUUCCAGAAUUGGUGCUUUCAAGAAAAAGGCAUUAAAUGCUUCAAACAAGUUCACUCACUCUCUGAAGAAAAGAGGAAAAAGGAAAGUUGACUACAGGUUCCCUUCAGUUUCGAUAGCAGAUGUACGUGAUGCAAAAGAGGAGAAUGCUGUCUGUGAAUUGCGUCAAAGGCUCCUUGAACGGAAUUUGUUGCCACCCAGACAUGAUGACUACCAUAUGAUGUUGAGAUUUUUGAAGGCAAGAGAUCUUAAUGUUGAGAAGACUAUUCCGAUGUGGGAAGAAAUGCUUAACUGGAGGAAAGAGUAUGGGGCAGACAUAAUAUUGCAGGAUUUUUACUUUGAAGAGUUGGAAGAAGUAUUGCAGUUUUACCCACAAGGAUAUCAUGGAGUUGACAGGGAGGGCAGGCCUGUUUAUAUCGAAAGGCUCGGACAAGCUCAUCCCAACAAACUUAUGCGGAUCACCACGAUUGAUCGCUACUUGAAAUAUCAUGUUCAAGAAUUUGAAAGGGCACUACAUGAGAAGUUCCCUGCAUGUUCCAUUGCCGCAAAGAAAAGGAUCUGCACAACAACUACAAUUUUGGAUGUGCAAGGCUUAGGGAUUAAAAACUUCACAAGGACUGCUGCUAGUCUUUUGGCUGCCAUGGCAAAAAUUGAUAAUAGCUAUUAUCCUGAGACACUGCAUCGAAUGUUCAUUGUCAAUGCUGGCCCUGGCUUCAAAAAGAUGCUCUGGCCAGCUGCUCAGAAAUUUCUGGAUGCAAAGACUAUUGCCAAGAUACAGGUGCUGGAACCCAAAUCUUUGGAUAAACUACUUGAAGUUAUUGACCAAAGUCAAUUGCCCGACUUCUUAGGUGGCUCUUGUACCUGUUCUUUCGAGGGUGGAUGCCUCAGGUCUAACAAGGGUCCAUGGAGUGAUCCUGAAGUAAUGAAGCUUGUAUAUAACGUAGAAGCAACAACAGUGAAGGAAAUCUCUAGAAAAAUUGGCGACCAAAGGAAAAUUGAAUCCUAUAUUCAGAUACGCCCUUUAAAGGGGAGGAGUAGCGACACAUCCACAAGUGAUUCAGUAUCAGAUGCUGAUGACUCGUGUUCACCAAUUAGGGGAAGUAGUAGCUCAAUUUUGAGGCUGGCCCCAGUUGAUGAAGAAGCUAGGUCAUCAGAUUCAACAGCUUAUUGUAGCUGUGAUGAUGAAUUCAGCCUAGGUGAUCGAGGUGUUGCUGAUGAGCAUGGAUUGCUACAUUGGCAAGAACAAUCUCCUGAGAGAAAUCCAAUGAUUUGUUCCACUGAUAUACCUAAUUCUGAAGGUAUCUGGGCAAUUCGUUGGUGUGAAAGAAUCCAAGAGAAGAUUUUGAGCAGUUGUUUCCGUUGUUUGGAAAGGAAACUGAUUCCUUUCAUACUCAAACUCUGUACAUUUAUUCGUAGUCUGCCCUUUGAGUACUGGAGGAAACAGACAAAUGUUUUCCCGACUAAUGCAUUGGAAGAAAGGCACGGGACCAGUUUGUCUGUUAAUGAUGAAGCAGUUCUAAAAGUAAGGGAGGCCCAUCCAUGCAUGCAGCGUCUUAAUAGAUUGGAAAAUUUAUUGGAAGAAAUAAACAAAAAGCCCGCUGAGAUCCCAGCAGAGAAGGACCAAAUGCUUCUGCAAUCAAUGGACAGGAUCAAGUCUGUUGAGGUUGACCUAGAUAAAACAAAAAGGGUAUUGCAUGCUACAGUGUUGAAGCAACUUGAAAUUGCAGAGUUAUUGGAGAACCUAAAAGAGUCGAGAUUUCAUGGGCAGCCCGGUGCACAAGGCAUCCCACGUACACACAGGAUCCGGGAAAGGGCCGCACCCUAAGGGGUGUGAUGUUGACAUCCUACCCUAAUGCUGCUUCCACAAUUCGAACCUGUGAUCUAUAGGUCACAUGGAGAGGCGGAGGUUUUUGUGUUGAAUAUUGGAAGGUUGGAGGUUCAGAGUAAUUAACAAUGCGACGAGAGUUUUUAACUGCUAACUACGCUACAAAAGAAGAUGUCAGCUUAUACGUUCCAGUCGUAGUGACAAAGUUUUCCUUCUUUUUUUUUCCUUGUACAAUGUCCUUUACAGAACUUGCAGUCAUGGUACUGCAAGAUGUUAAAUAUACUGUAUUGAAACGUCCUAAAGGAAAAGCUCAGAAGAAAGUCUCUUGAGGAUUUAGAGGAUCUUAAUUGUAUUCCUCCUCCUCAUUUAGUUUGUUACUUUUACCGUAUCAAGGAUCGAUUCAACUGA